CCCAAGGUUAACUCGUCUCCAGGGUUACCUGUCCCUCAUAGUCGGCGGGGCCUCAGAAUAAGGAAACGUCAUCUCUGAAGAACUGAUUUGAUUGGCUGGAUUCCUCGAGGGACAUUUUUAACUAGUUCAACUUCGUCGUUUGCAGUCCGGGUCAAUCUUCUCCACCCUUAGCCAUCCUUGUUCCUUUAUGGUUUAUCAUUAUGUCUUUGGUGUUUUUCUGUCUUAUUUUAAAACUGUUAUUUUCAUGUUUUUUACCAUUUAAAGGUAAUUUUGUACGUAGCCAAAAUAACUCAAAAUACCGUUACUGAGCUCACAACAUAGACGAUUAUGGCGUGACCAAAUGGCGUUACUGAGCGAUCAAUAUCCGAGAAUGACGUCAGACCGGAACACAAACCAAAGCAACGCAGUACAAAAAUGGAGGCAGUAGAAACAGAUCCUUUGCUCGGACAAACGAACCGAGCAUUUAAUUCCGCACCCUCGAGAUCGGGAACAGAAGAAAUGAGAAAUCCCGCGCAAUGGCCAGAGGAUUCUUAUGAUCUGUUCUUACAUGACACUGGUUUUGUUGCAAAGCAAGACGAACUCGAUGAACCAUGUCAAAGGCCGAAUGGAUUCUGCUGCAGAAUCUGCGCAAAGCUGAAGUUCUUUCUCUUCGAUUCUUCCUGGCCUUUGUCGUGUUUCCUUUUGGUUGCAUUCCUUGGUUUUUGGUUGCCAAAGAAGAGGAAAUCAAUAUGGCCGCUUACUUUCAUACCAGUAUUUCAUCUUCUGUUCGGCUUGGGUGCACAUUUCUUCUUUAUCCUGUCUUCAAGCCACCAUAGUGUUCAUUUAGGAUCCAAAAUGCUGCUCACAGCUCUGUGGAUUAGCUCCUUUGCAUCAUAUGUUUUAGCUCUCUAUUACUUCAGAUAUCACUCACAAGAAUGGAUGAGAGAUCUGAACAAAAAUCAAUACCGAGCUAUCAAUGUAGCCCUGAUCACCGGUUUGCUUCUUGUCUCGUGGGUUUUAUUUGGAGAUGCGUACUAUCAAGUCAUCUUUGACUUGGUCAACAUCAAGGAAGCCUGUUUGCAAACCUGUCACCAUCUGGUCGUAUGCACUGGUGUUUUUUACACUCUAGCCGUGUCAGUCUACUGGGUCUACUGGGGUUUGUAUUCCUCUGUCGCUGUUUGCUGUAUGUUUUUUUCGUUGUGCCUCGUAAUGACAAACGACCUCUCGAAAGGUUACACACGUAUAGCGAAAUGUACGGGGGAUGUGCGUAACGCUUUGAUAAUUCACAGACAAGUGCGUGAACAAAUAGCAGAGCGGGUCAACAGCAUACGAGUUUGGUUUCUUAUUCACAUGCUCUUCUAUGUUGUGGUUUUAUUAGCGAACAUUUUUGAAUGGUGGGAAGCGGCUAGGGAUCUUCACUUUGCCUAUGAGUACAUGGCGCAGAUUUCUGGCACACUGGUGGUGGUGUACAAGUUUUUCUUCCCGUUCUUGUCAGCCAGUUACGUGACUUGGCACGAGGCUACGCUCGUGCAAGAUUUGAAUGACAGGUUAGAUUUCUCGCCUGGAGACACGUUUCAUUCGAGGCAAGAGUUGGAAGUGUUUCUUAUACAAAGCAAGAGGCGUGGUUAUGGAUUUCGCCUUUUCAAGAUACAAAUAACCAUAACAAUCGCCGUGUUCUCUCUACUUGGAUCGGGGUUUGGACUUGUGCAUAACUUGAAAGGUUAACUGACUAAUUGUUGUAAUCAAUAGAGGGUGCACAAUAGAGUUCUCAGAUCCCGCUUUCCCGUCCAUUUUUUCCUGUUAAUCCCACCAUUCCGCCCUUUUUUUACCUGGAAAUCCCGAUCCCGGCCACUUUUCAAAGACGUUUCUGCGUUAAUGAUUAAUUUGAAGGAGUCCGUUCGUGAUAAACUGUUUACGUGACACUGCGUGCAAAUAUUUCUCGCAUUUAAUAUUGUUUUAUUUAAGUCUCCAAGGAUUUGUUUUGUACAUUUAUAUUCAAAUAACGUUUUCUUAUUCAUUUUGACUUGAAAAUGACGUUGAGUAAACGUCGAAACGUCGUCGCUUUUUAGAGUUUUUUUACAGCUUUUAGAGUUUUUAACCGUGAUGGUUUUAACUUUUGUCUUAUCGCAAUGUUUUAUAGUUAAGUUAAAUUAAUAAUUAAUUUAAUUACUAACACAGAAACCUUUUAAAAAUAGACAUCGCAUAAAAGAUCAC